AUGAAUUCAGUCACCCUGAAGCCAGUGACCCAAUCCAGGGUCGCGGACAUCUCGGAUCGGCUCCCAGUCUUGCUGCUCGAGCGUAACCAGUGGCCCGCGAGCUACGUCAAGUCGCACGUGAAAAAGUCCCCCGCCUGCAUCACAUCCCGCAAAGGCACGCAGUUGCCCCUGGAGUUGUGGCUCGAUAUUAUCGAGAUUGUUGAAUAUGCACCUGACUACUGUGCUCUUCUGCAGCCAGUCUCAGUUCGCGAGACCAACGGUCGAUCUCUCCUCGUUUGCGUCGAGAUAACCGAUUGGGAUACUUGUGGAGAACUCAAGUACACAUGGGCCUACGAACAUCAUCUCUACAAUCCUUACCAGAAAGACGGUUACGUGAAGAUGAAGGAAGGUGAUGAAGAGCCCCGACCCAUGGAGAAUACCUGA